AUGCAUGCUCCUCCACACGACACUUCUCUUCCAGAUGCCACUCCCGAAACAUUCACCUCCUACGAUGCCUUCCUUUUUGGACUCCCAACCAGAUAUGGAAACUACCCUGCACAAUGGAAGAUUCUCAUUGACAGACUGGGUGGUCUUUGGGCCAGCGGGGCCCUUCAAGGCAAAUACUUUGGUCUGUUCGUCGCUACUGGUACCCCAGGAGGUGGACAAGAAUCAACUUGCAUUGCUGCAAUGUCCUCCUGGGUUCACCAGGGCAUGAUCUACGUGCCUCUUGGUUAUAAAUACACGUUCAAGUCUUUGUCAAACUUGGACGAGGUUCGAGGUGGCUCCCCGUGGGGUGCCGGCACAUUCUCCUCUGGUGACGGCUCAAGGCAGCCAUCGAAACUCGAAAUCGAACUUGCUGAGGCACAAGGGAAGAUGUUCUACGAGACUGUCGCUAAGGUCAACUUCGCAUGA